AUGAAGAGCAAGUUGCUUUUGAUUUUCCUACUCUUGGGAAUUCUUUACUGUGAAGCACAGAAUUUCAUUUCAUACGAUUAUUUAGAACUAGCCUUGAGGUGGCCAAACAGCUACUGCUUGACACAUGAUGGCGGUUGUAGGGAAAGAGUGCCCCAGUUUUUCACUAUUAGCUACCUUCGUCCCAGGAAAAGGGGAGGACCUGAUCUUCAAAACUGUCCCACGCCGUUUACUCUGCCAAAUAGCACUAUAGAGGCAAACAAAUACGACCUGCUCAAGUUUUGGCCUGAUUUAAGAACUGAUAAUUUUAUAGAGAGCAAGACAUUAUGGAAGGACCAAUGGAAAAGGUUUGGAUCAUGCUAUACUUUGACGCCAGAUGACUAUAUUGUUUACGCACUCAGCAGCAGAAAGAAAAAUGAGCUGAAGAAAAUCUUGACAAAUGCAGGUAUUGUUCCCAAUGGAAUGCAGUAUCCACCCCAAAGGAUAUUACAAGUUUUCAGAAAAGCUCUAGGUGUCAUUGUGGAUAUAGUCUGUGAGGCAGAUAGAAGUGGAAAUAUUUAUCUUGCGGAGGUCCAUCAAUGUAUGGAUUACUAUGGAACAACACCCAUAGACUGUGACAAUCUAGCAAAAGGGUGUGACGAUGAGCCUAUUUAUCCCUAUAUGGGAUACGAACCUGAUAAAGAUCUCAACUAG